CUUUGAUUGAGAAUACACACAGCCAUCUUGGAUCUAACGUAGAGAAGGGAAAUUGAUGCGGUGACAAAAGGCAUGUUUGGUGCUAGAAAGAAAUUUGUAGAGUUCGUCGAGGCAGUCGAUAACGACUUCACCGAUGACAGCAUGUACUACAGCCAGCCGUCGAUAUUCCCACAUCGGUCGGACAAAGAUUCCUCAAAUGUUUUCCUUCAGAUGCUGUCCUCUCCCUCGCCGUCGUCGUCGGGGCAGCUGUCGCAGCUCGGUGCAAGUUUGUACGGUCCACAGAGUGCACUUGGCUUCUCGGUAAGGGGCAUGGGGAACAGUACGCCUCAGUUAAAUCGAAAUCUAACGCAAGGCUCGCAGCUACCAAGUCAUAUCACGCCCACGACGGGGGUCCCCACCAUGUCCCUACAUACCCCUCCGUCACCAAGCAGGGGGACAUUGCCGAUGAACACGAGGAACAUGUUGAACCACUCUCAGGUCGGUCAAAGCAUCGGGAUGAGCGGCAGGACCAACAGUAUGGGAAGCUCGGGGCUUGGCAGUCCCAACCGCAGCUCGCCCAGCAUCAUCUGUAUGCCCAAGCAGCAGCCAGCACGCCAGCCCUUCACCAUAAACAGCAUGUCGGGGUUUGGUAUGAAUCGGAAUCAGGCGUUUGGGAUGAACAACUCGUUAUCAAGCAACAUCUUCAAUGGCACAGAUGGGAGUGAAAAUGUAACGGGACUGGAUCUGUCAGACUUCCCUGCGUUAGCAGACAGGAGUCGGAGGGAAGGGACUGGAAACCCAACACCGGUGCUCAACCCACUGGCUGGACGGGCUCCUUAUGUUGGCAUGGUGACGAAGCCAUCGACUGAACAGACGCAGGACUUCUCCAUCCAUAACGAGGACUUCCCUGCACUGCCUGGGCCAAACUACAAGGACCCCACGUUGAACACCGACGAAAGCAAAACAAACUUGAACUCCGCAAUCAAGAGCUUAUCCAACGCAGAUGGGCCGAAGUUUCCCGGAGACAAGACGACCUCAGCACAGAACAACAACCAGAAGAAAGGGAUCCAGGUGUUGCCCGAUGGCCGGGUGACGAACAUUCCCUCAGGGAUGGUGACGGACCAAUUCGGCAUGAUCGGCCUGCUGACGUUUAUCCGGGCGGCAGAGACCGAUCCGGGGAUGGUCCAUCUGGCGCUAGGAAGUGACCUCACGACAUUGGGACUCAACUUAAACUCACCAGAAAACUUGUACCCCAAGUUCGCCUCUCCCUGGGCCUCGUCGCCAUGUCGACCUCAAGACAUCGACUUCCACGUUCCGUCUGAAUACUUAACCAAUAUCCACAUAAGGGACAAGCUGGCGGCAAUUAAACUGGCACGAUAUGGAGAAGACCUGUUGUUCUACCUGUACUACAUGAACGGUGGAGACCUGCUCCAGCUUCUGGCAGCAGUAGAGCUCUUCAAUCGGGACUGGAGGUACCACAAAGAGGAGCGGGUCUGGAUAACGAGGGCGCCUGGCAUGGAGCCAACACUGAAGACCAACACCUACGAGAGGGGAACCUACUACUUUUUUGAUUGUCUCAACUGGAGGAAAGUAGCCAAGGAAUUCCAUCUGGAGUACGAUAAGCUUGAAGAGAGGCCUCACGUGCCAACAACAUUCAACUACAACCCAGCCCAGCAGGCCUUCUAAGGCCCGACCAGUCCAGGGGGCCGCAACGGCUCCUGCACACAGCGCCGUUGUCCAGGAGGGGCGCUGUGGUUGACGUGGCUUGGUUUUUAUUCCUCGAAGGAUUUGCUAUCUUGACUGUGGGGAGGGGGGGGGCGUCGCCACCAUCGAAACUGCCCCGCCUUUCCAAAAUUACAUGCUGCCCAAAACACCAACACUUGUUCAGUUUUUAUUCUUUAUGUUCCUCCUGUUUUUUGGUCUCCUUUUGAGCAGGGUCUGUGUUAUGUUUACGUCUCUGAAUCGGAAGCUUGUUAUCUUUUAGAAAGGAGGACUGGCCCUGUGGCACAGGACAGCGACAGAACCAGGUUUACGCCUCACCAAGUGUUAACAGGAAACCAGGCGAGGGAAUUUAACAUCCUCAGACGCAAAUGAAAGGGUGAAAUAAAUGCAAUGUUUAUUGUUGCACUAUAUUUAGUAAUAAAAGAACACAAAAUUUGUUUGUGAUUUUAUUUUUUAACACUCCCUGAUAUAUAUAUUUUUUAUCCUUCCCCCUUGUUUUGUUAUGGAGCGGGGUUCAUGCAACUUUCCCACAUGCAUCCCUUUUCAUCUCACCCUUUUUCCCUUAUUUUUUUCUACCAUUUACAUUGAUUUCAACCUUUGUAUUUGCACCACCAAACCUCACUCUGCUUCUCCGUCUCUCUCUGAGUUCUGUGCCAGUUGAACAUGGACACAAAUCUGGGAGAUUACUUUGGUUUCCACUAAGCAGCUACACAACGUUGCUCCAGAGCAAACAAAACAAUUUCCAGUCUUUGUUACAAUUUUGUAAGAAAUGUGUACAUUUUUUGUUUCUUUGCAUCACAUAAAUUAGUAUAUGUAUGUACGAAUGUGUAUAUAUGAUUGCUAUAUAUAUAUAUAUGUCUGUAUAUAUAUAUAUAUGACAUCUAUUUUGGAAGAACUUUUGCCCUGCCUUUUACCUCGUUUUUAUGAGGUGAGCGUGGAUGCAAUAUGUGGACGCAACAGGACAUUUCUGGAUCUGCUGGACAGGGUGUCACACGGCACUGCGGGCACUUACAUCAAAAUAAUACAUUAAAAUGUCACUUAAGGAAAGGCCUGAUUCUCAGCCAAAAAAGCAAGCAAAAGGAAAUAAACACGGACACCAUCCCCCAAGUUUCCGGUCCGACGUAAAAUAAGGGGUGCGUUUCAACUCGAGCUGUUUGAACAGCAUUUCAUAGGAAAUGGAAAAUUGUCAGAGGAAAAAAAAUAAAUCCAGACCAAUCUUGUAUUUUCACAAGUUCAAAGCUUCUUUUCUUUGUAUUAAAGCAGAAAAGGCUUUCCUGAA